AUGAUUCACCGUCCACGCAACGAUGAGCCCUCGCUUCCAUCCUUCAACCUCUUCAAGCUGGUCCGCGAUGCCAAGCCGGCAGUGCGCUACACCGUCUACGCUGGUCUCGGUCUGAUGGCCACGGUCGAGACGACCUUCUGGUUCCACGUACUGCGAGCCAAGUUCUUCCCGCGGACGUCAGCAGAGGAACAAGAGAAGGCUGAUGCACUUCUUGAGCGCUUUAACGAGGCAAAGAGAAACUAUCGUCACGUCUGGAUGGCGAAUUACAACCGGUAUUAUGGUGCGCAUAUGUGGGGACUAGGGUAUGGUGGACUUGAUGGCCUGGAAGACGUUGGCAGUGGUUGUUGA